AAUAAUUAUUAUAAUUUAGUAUGAUUUAUUAUUAAAUUUCUUGUGCAAUAUAGUUUGGUUAACUUAUAUUUCUGUUUGUGAUAGAAGAAAGCUUCUAUUAAUAGUGCAAUAAGACAUUUAUAUAAAAUGAGUUUAGACAAUAGUAACGAUUAUGAAGAUAACAGACCCAAAACACCACUGGAGGAAGAUUGUUGCGGUAGCGGCUGCACACCAUGUAUCUUCGACGUUCACAAAACAUUGCUAAAAGAAUGGGAAAAUAGAAAAACUCGAGCAGAAGUUAAAACAAUUGACAAUUUAUUAUCUCUUUUAUCCUACAAAACGUUUGUUAUCACAGAUAUAUCUGAUGCAUCAAAAGACUACAUUUUAAUUUAUUUGGAAUAUCCAGAAUGUAAAAUAGAAAAAAAUAUUUUACAUCUGACACCUGGCCAAUAUGUCAUGCUGCAUUCUUGGAGUAAAUCCCGACCAUACACUCCAAUUGCUUGGACAUGCAGAAGUUUAAUUUUCUUGAUAAAAUUAUAUAAACAUGGUGAAUUCAGUUUACUUCUGAAAAAUGCAUCAAUUGGAAGUGCAAUUGACAUCAGGGGUCCUUACGGAGAUUUUAAAUAUGAAAGUAAUAGUUUUCAGCAGAUUAUCAUGUUUGGUAUCGGCUCAGGAAUAGCAGCGCUUUAUCCCAUUGCUAAGGCAAUUGUUGAUGACGAAACAGAACUGACAAGAGUGCACCUUGUUGCGGGAUUUAGAUCGAUAGCACACGUACCUCUGCAAAAAGAGUUAACGCAUUUAGCGAAUUAUUGGAAUUUUAAAUGUACAUUACAGUUAUCCCAGUUAAACGACAAGACAUUCAAUCUUCAUGGUUUUAAUAUAAAUACUGGUCGUUUGAGCAAAGCACUCGUUGCUGAUUAUCUUCAAUCUAAUGAUACAAAAACAACAUUAAUUUUAAUAUGUGGUACUUUAGAAUUCAAUCAGUCUGUAAAAGAAUGGCUCCAAGAAAUGAAUUAUACACAUAUACAUAUAUUUGAAUAAA